UCGUUUUUGCUUUUAAUAAAUGAUGUAUAAAACUGUAUUUUGUUUUAUAGUCAGCCAACUGGCCAUUGCCUAUGUUAUACACUAUCCACUUAACAGUAGUGCCAGUCAGGCCCAGUACUACUCCCGUCAUACUGAACAUAGUAGUAGUGGUCCAUCACUCAGAUCUGAUGCUGGAACACAUAUUUUAGCAAAAGUAAAUUUGGCGAAACAACAAGCACCCAACUAUAAAUUGGGUCUAUACCGUAAUGUGGAUAUGGAUAUAAUUUUAGCUAAUAUUAGUCGAAUAAUCAGCGAAUUUGAUGAAAUAACAGUAGAUUUUGAAAGUCAACAGUGUAUGGAUGUUCCUGAAGAGGACAUGUAUCGUACGGAAGAUACUAAUUGUUACGCUAUAAUUGCCGACACUAUAUUACAUGCAUUGAACGGUCCCUAUAGGAUAGUGGUGGGCGAGAGAGCCUAUUUGAAUGUUGACUUUUUUGAUGGUACCGCUGCUAUGUACGAGUUUUAUUUGGGACCGUUGUAUUUUGGAGUCUAUCUAUCGGCUCAGUAA